AAGUUUAUUCUUACAACUCUUUCAUAUUAAAGUUUGCCAUGAGUCUUCGCGACGGUCCGAUAGAGAACGAUGACGAUGAGCAACAAGUGUUGCCAACCAAAGCAGACGGUCUCGGGUUUAUUGAGCCUCUCACAACUCUCGCUGAAGAGUUCUCUCACUCCCCAGGACACCAGCGUAAGAUUAGGCUCAUGGCUGAGAAAGUAAAGGCGACACACUGGCGUCGUGUACGUGGUGAUGGUAACUGUUUUUACCGUGCUUUAGGCUCCACACUUGUGGAGAGAAUGCUUUUGGAAGGAGACAUCGAUAAGUUCCAUACCUUCGUUCAUCAUGCACUCCAUCUUGCCCGUCGUAGUGAAAAGAUAAAUGGUAGAUGGCAUGGUCUACUACAGAGGGAUGAGGAGGGAUAUCGUCGACGUGCUGGUAGAGAUUUCUUACACUACACCAGUGCUGAUAGUCCCCUACACUUUUGGAAUGAGCUUCUCAAUGACAAGACCAUGGAUCACGGGAUCGUGGCUUUAGUCCGACUAGCGACCUAUCAAUAUGCUAUAGAGAAUGAGGACAUGGAAGUUGGCGGUAUGCCACUGGCAGAGGCGGCUCUAGCCAGCAGUGACGCUGAAACCUUCGAUGAGUGGUUGGAUAGAGAGGUGAGGACUGAUGAGCAGGAGGCUGGCUCCUUGGCUAUGAUGCUAGCCGCUUCGGCCCUCAACGUCAGAUUCCUAGCAGUCAAACUAGACCGCGAUAUGAAGACGGCUUUGCAAAGAGUCGAAUUCUUACCCGUUGGCCGUUCCGCUCCAAAGGGACCGGAUGAGCGUUGGGAUGCCAUACUUUUAUCCAAACCAGGGCAUUAUGACGUUCUGUAUGAGUCACCUGUAGGAGAGGAGCUGUUCUCUCUACAGAACGAAAACAACGUCAUAGAGAACUGCUCUUAUUGGCGUUGUAAGCCUAAAUGCCCGAUAUGUAGAUGUGAUAUUGAAACGUAUGAAGACGUAUUAUGUGGUGUAUCACCAGACUGUGCUGAAUUGUUCCAUCGAUGCUGUUUCAAGUCCAUGGUGGAUCAUGAUAGCCUAGGACAGUCUGGAGGAAGUUCAUCUCAUGUUGUUGUGAGAUGUCCGGUUUGCCGCAUCAAAUUUACUGAAGCCGAAGUCGAGGAUGCAAUAUCUGGCUCAAGAAAGACUGUGUGAUAGUCAAGUUAACUGAUAAUUCUCUUGUUCAUCAGCG